UGAAACCUAAAUCAAUCAAACGUUUCAGUGCAGAUGGAACUCGCCCUUUUUGACGAGAUCAUUCAUUGUUGUCGUACAAUAAAUUACCUUCUUUAUAUCUAAUUUGAUACGUCGCUUUUAGGAGACAAUGUAUCCGUUAAUGUUCACAUUUACAGCCUUCUUACUAUGCAUUCCAGCUACAUUUGGAAAAACUGUGUCGGGAGUUUUCAAGAGCGAUGCAGCCAGAGAGCAGAAUGGACAGUACAUCACAAAAUUCAUGUACAACGUGGGUAGGGGUUUGGUGGUGUGCAGGCUGGAGAAUGCUACCCUGGCCAUGGAGAAGGAGUCCAGACUGCUGCUCUUCCCGGAGACGGAGGACGGCUUUGACAUCGACAACCUCAGCUGCCACGACCGCCUCUCCAAGGCACAGCUCUCCAUCCGUCUGAGUGAGGAGGAGCACAACCAGAGCAUCCCCCACCUUCACUCCCCCACGGCCUGGUUGGCGCUGUAUGCAGACCGCUACACCUGUGGGGAGGGGGGCAUCAUCCCUGCCCACGGGGACCUGACCUUCACCAUCCUGUUGUUCAACCCUGACUCGGCAGGCAACCCCCUAGAACAUUUCAGCGCUGAGGAGGCAGGCCUGCAUAGUUUCUACUGUCUGCUGAUCCUGGCCUACUUUGUGGCAUCCUGUAUCUACAUUCAGCCUCUGUGGAUGGCCCUGAGAAAGGGUGGGCCCAUGCAAACGGUGCUGAAGGUGCUCUCCACAGCCUUGGCCCUACAGGGGAUCUCUGCCCUCUUCAACUACAUCCACCUGGCCAGGUAUGCCAGGGAUGGAGUGGGCAUUCCUAUCAUGGGCAGCUUGGCUGAGUUCUGUGACAUGGUAUCCCAGGUGUCCAUGCUGUACAUGCUGCUGAGUCUGUGUGUGGGCUGGACCCUGAGCAAGAACAGGAAGCCCCAGAGCAGACCUCUCCAGUGGGACUCUUCCCCCGCCUCCAAAGCCCUCGCUAUGGGAGGGGUCGUCACACAGGGGGUGCUACUGCUGUGGGAGCAGUAUGAGGAGACGGAGCACCACAGCUACCACGCCCAGCGCAGCAUAGCGGGUCUGUUACUCAUAUCUCUACGUAUCAUCCUGGCCUUGCUGCUGGCCUCCGUGCUCUACACCAUCAUCAGCACAGAGAGGAGCGCCCUCAAGAGAGACUUCUACCUCAGCUUCGCCAAGGGUUGUUUUAUCUGGUUCCUGUGCCACCCUGUGCUGGUCUUACUCUCUGUGGUUUUCAACGAGCAUCAGAGAGAAAAGGUUGUGACAAUUGGUGUGAUUCUAUGCCAGGCUAUCUCGGUGGUGAUCCUCUACCAGCUUUUCCUGUCCCGUAGCUUAUACUGGGAAGUAUCUUCUCUCUCCUCUGUCUCACUACCCCUCACCAUGUCCAGAGGGGGCCGGGGACGCUACUGACCCCACGUGCAGGGGGAACACUUUCACUGUGACACACGCCGAGGGCGAAGGGAUACACAGUGACACCUGCAUUUAAAGGGACAAUACUUCCACUUCUCUCUGCUCACUCACUGCGAAGGUUCCCCCACAGACGGGUGAGGAAAGAGGAGGGUGGGAUGAAGAGAAGUAGGAAGUACACCCACAAAUAUAGAAGAGGAGAGGAAUGAUGGCCUGCUCAUGUAGCUGGAUAGCACACCUAUUUAAUAGCCUCCCAAAUAGGAUGAGAGUGAGACCCGGGUUUAAGCGCACAUAAAGUAUGUAUGUAAAUGAGACUCAUUUGUUAGUAUACAACAGAUGUGGACACAGGUAACUUCCAAAAUAAUGGAAACCCUUGAGUAAAAGAGGGAUCCAAAGUAUAUUAAAAGCAGGUGCUUCCACACAGGUGUGGUUCCUGGAUUAAGCAAUUCACAUCCCAUCAUGCUUAGGGUCAUGUAUAAAAAUUCUGUCUGCCAUGGCUGUGGCCCUACAGGAUGACAAUGCCCCCAUUAACAGGGCAAGGGUGGUCACUGAAUGGUUUGAUCAGCAUGAAAACUAUGUAAACCAUAUGGUCGUCUCAGUCACCAGAUCUCAACCGGGGACAGUGUUUUCCACCACCAUCAACAAAACAUCAAAUGAUGGAAUUUCUCGUGGAAGAAUGAUGUCGCAUCCCUCCAAUAGAGUUCCAGAAUCUAUGCCAAGGUUUAUUGAAGCUGUUCUGCCUCGUGGCACAACGCCCUAUUAAGACACUUUAUGUUGGUGUUUUCUUUAUUUUGGCAGUUACCUGUAUGUUAUUUACAAUUGUAGUAUGUGUGAAGUUGUGGUUUACUGUUUUAUUUUAAAUGUCAAACUUGGGCUGGAUUUGAUGUCUCUUUUUCAUUGUCUGACGGAGUAUAAGACUCCCAAGAUGUUUAAUAGGUUUAUAAUAGAUUACAAUGAAAGGUUACCGAUUUGUCAAAUUCAUUGCCGAUAAAGAUAUCCAGGCUCAGACUGAAAUACCGUUGAUCCAUAGAGAUAUGGAUCCAUGUUCAGUGUGGUAAAUCUCAAACCAAUAAUUUAGUCUGAUCUUAACUGUUAGAAAUAGAAAGUUGGGUCUCUUUUUAAACAGAGUUGCUUCACACUGUUUUACAGCCGUUUCAUUCUAUUGUCGUCAAUUGAUCGUUCUUUCUGCGAGGUUCAGGUUUAGGGUGUGCUGAAGCUAUUACAGAAAUCACAUGGAACUCAUGGAAUCUGUGUCAUCCCCAGCACUCCAACACUGCAGCUAGUUGCAUGUGUGAGAAUCGUAUUACUAUUAUUAUUUGUGUACUUAUUGAAUUAUACUUGAAUAUGAACACUUGGUAUUGUUUUGUCUGACAUUGGAGCUAGACAUGUGCAAUGUUUAAAUGCAGCUUUAUUUUCUUUCUCAAUCGUCGUAAGUGCCUGAGAAGACAAUCCCUUUGCUAGUAGAAGGUACCUGUGUUUGUCUAUGAAAAUAUGGGUUUCACAUUGACAUACAUGACCAGUCUGAUAGUUAAGUUAUGCAGAGAUAUUGGGGGGGGGGGGGGGAAUGGUCAACAGAGCAGUGCCUGUGUAAUGUUCCUAUUAAGCAUGUUUAUAACACUGUUUAAAUUCAUUACUGUAUACUUUUGUAAAAUAAGUCUUUAUCAGAUGCUAAUGCAAUACAAGAAAAUGUCUGCA